GUACCCCUCGCAGAUUAUCUUAAUCGGACUCGGGAGAAAUACGGGUUGAAAGUAGUCCGCCCACGUGAUACCAUUCUAAGAAUGUUACAACAAAAACAAUAACAACGAUGGCGUCAGAAUGUGAUCUUUGUGUAAAUAGCCACAGAGAUGUUUAUUUAAGUCACGGAAGAAAGCGGGAGGACUUGAAAGCGGCGGCCUUAGAAUUCUUCCCACUGUAUACCAGCGUUAUCCAGCGUAUAUGCGCCAACUGCUGGUCGAAAAUAUCAAAAUUUCGUGCAUUCAAACGGUCUGUGGAAGGAAAGCUGGAAAAUGUUAAAAAGAGAGCAGUUACUCCACUUAAGGGAACUCCAAAACGUAGACGGAUGUCAAUAGCUGAAAACCUUAUCUGCAGCACAGAAAAGUUAAAGUCUGCCACGAAGACGACACCAAAGAGAAUACCGGUUUUUGAAAAAUUGGUGUCCAGUAUAGAAAAGCUGAAAUUAGGAAGCUGUGAUGACACUGCGGGUGCUAAACCUAGGAAGCAAUUGUUCCAUGAUCAUGCAUAUUCACAUUCAACCACAGAGAGGACUGAGCCAAUCAGACUGACUACUUGUAAACAAUCGGAACAGAGUAAAAUAGUAGAGAAACAACUCAUAGACGACACAACACAAUUAGUGUCCAUGUUGUCCUCCUCGAAAACCAGUGUCCUGUCCACCCAGCGGCUAGAAGCAUUGUUUGAGGAGGAUUUAUUCACCGCUGCACUAGAUGAAAUGUCGGUGAAUAUUCCAUUCCUUUACGAACUACUGAACAAGCUGGUGGGUGACACAGGAUGCAAGAGGGCAACUAUAGCGAUGAUCUACGCCAUGAUAUUGAAUAGCAGAAACAGACGAGUAUCUGCCUUACAGAAGUGUAUGACUGUACUUGCUGUAAAAUGUCAUGCAGAUAAUAAGCUUCUUAGCAGGUUGAACCGCAUACAUAUCACAAUGUCAUCAAAAACAAAGACUAACAUGUUGGAUCAGUUCAGUGAACAGUGUGAAAAGAGAAUAGUAAGUGAAGUAAGAACAGGGGUUGAUGGCAAGUUGAAUGGAGAUAACUUGGACAUUUACGUCAAAACAAAUGACAUAAGGAUGAAAAAUAAGAAUAGAGACUAUCACUUUUUUGCUUCUGACUGGACGCCGUACAGAAUCACUGAUGAGGACUUUGUUACGAACGAAUGGCUCAAGACAUAUGUGGAAUCACAAAGGUGCGAAGAGAAAGCCAUAACACCUGAGAUGUUCAACCCAGACUUGAUAACAUUCCAAUCUAGCGUAAAAACACUAGUGUCUAGAGAACUCUUGAAAAUCUUUCCAGAAUUUAAGUGGAUGAAAUUAGUAGUUCCAGACCAUAUUCCACAUCAUUUGGAGGAAAUAAUGUCUCGCCAAACAAAAUCCUUCACGCUACCUAUCCUACUGAAGAAUGAGGCGAAGUAUGAAGAUUGUGUAUGUAUAAUGGACUCCUACAACCAACAGAUGUCUGACUGGUACAGGAAAGCAGGAAGAAGUGAUGACUUUGAUCAGCUCCAGAUACCUGUAGGAGGGGACCAAUUAACACGGGUUAGACUCGAUGGCGCUAAAACUCUGCGGAUGGGAGCACACACACGUACAGAACGAUUCGACAACCUGUUUCCAGUUGUUGUUGAAAUGUUCCAUAUGCAAAUGGAUUUCUUAGAGAAAGUGGUUAAAAAAUUCAUGAAAAACUCAACGGGCCGAGAUGUUGGAACACUACAAAACUUGCAAAUCCGUAUCCAAAGAUCCAGUGUAAAUGGAAAUGUGAAGAGUAGAUUCAAAGCCCACGAAGAAUUUGUUUUGCUAGUUGGAAGGGCAUAUAUAGCCGAAGCUGCUAUGGAAUACUUCGGUAUACAGGACCCAAAUAGUUCACCAACUAAGCAUGAACCGCCAGAGAAUAUUAUGAACAGUCAUAUUUCAAGGCGUAGAGCAGUUUAUGAUGAACUUAUGGACGGCUUCCUGUCAACAAUAUUUGGUCCAUUAAGUUUUGAGGAGUGUGAAAGCCCAGAAAGAAUUGAGCUCGAAGUUGAAGGACAGAGAGUCAGCCUCCCUGUAGAAAAUGGAAAAGUUUCACUUAUAUUUCAGCAGCAAACUGGACAAACAAGAAUCGAAAUACCAACAAAAUUGUUAAAAGAAAAGGAGACCAUACAAAUUCCGGUUGGAAACUUGUUAAUUAAUGUAAAACUUGUGAAGCCAGAUGACUUAAAGAAUUAUGUUAUGAACUUUCUGCAGCACUACUUCAUCAUUUUGAACUUGAAAGAUGCUGUGAAAGAAGGAGAUGUCUUCAGGAUUAACAACUGCCUCAAGAUGAUGAUCCCCUUCUUCUAUAAUCACUCCCCACUAUCCAAGUACAUGCGUGGUAUACCUAUGCCUGCGGAUGAAAAUGAAGAAAAUGUAGAGGACAUUGUUGACCCACAGUGA